CCGGAGUACUACUAAAUGAAUGCCUAAGGCACUAAAAUGAAUGCCGAUCCAGACCAUUCCUGAUUGAUAAGCGACGGGGAGCACGCCAUUCCGGGCCGCCGCUUUAAGCAUGUUUCCCCUGCAGAAGCGGGAGAACCAGAAGCAUCUUCUCACUCAUCCGCCCGUUGAAUCCUCCCAUCCUACUACUCAGUACUGACCAACCAAACCAUUUCAUUGCCACGCAUUUGUAACCAAAUAUGUAUUCUCCUAGCUUGACCAAUCAAUUUAAUAGUCUCCUGCGAGUCUCGCGAGUGACUUGUUUUAAAUCAUCCACCGCUCGUCUUUCCUCCCUUUCUCCUGUUAGGAUCUCUUCCAGAGCAAUCGCAUCUACUCAUGGCUAGCGGCAACGUUCAGCUGAUCACGAGUAAGGCAGAAUUCGACGAGAAGGUCCUCAGCCCCAACGCGGGCCCUGUCGUUGUCGACUGCUUCGCCGAGUGGUGCGGUCCUUGCAAGGCCAUUAGCCCUAAGGUCGAGGAAUUCAGCGUGACCUACCCUACUGCCAAGUUCUACAAGAUCGAUGUCGACCAACUCUCCACAGUCGCUGCCGAGCUUGGUGUCCGCGCCAUGCCUACUUUCAUCUUGUACAAAGAUGGCCAGAAGGUGUCUGAUGUCGUUGGCGCCAACCCCCCAGGCCUCGAGGCCGGCAUCAAGAAGCUGAUCGCCUAAUCAAUGAUUGACCUGAGGUUAUGUGUGGCAUUUGCUUUUUCAUGUUAGUCCCUAAGGGAAUGUGACUUCAUCAUUUAUAUCCAUCCCAGAUAUGGCAUAGUAUUUGACUGUAUCGCCAUUGUGGCCGUAAUUUUAGCCCAUGUGACAACUCAUAUCACGAUCAAGAAGCUGUCAGAGCGAUGUAAUCCAGGACUUCUAGUUCGGAACAGGGGAAUCGGCAUGUGUCCCGCUAUAUAGGACUUCU